CGACGCGAUACUCAACAGGCUGGCCAUUCAUCACACGUAUUUCUGCAGGGAUAACCUCUCACUGCAUCAAGGACACUGGAACUACCUGACUUGACACCAUUUCAACCAUUUCGACCUUGGAAGACAGUGUGGCGUUGGGACUAGUGACCUCAUCGGUUUCACUUUUCACAUCCAACAUUUGAACCCACCUCCGAUGAUAACCAGCGCUCCCUCGCCCGAAGCACAGCCAGGAUGCCGGUCAAGCCACCGGUGAGAUGGACGUCCCGCUCACUAACGGUGAUGUUCCUCCCGGAGAUGUUCCGCAAAGCCAGGAACUUCGCCGAGGCGAUCGGCCCCAUAAAGGAGAAGGUGCCCGUGGACGCGGACCUGAACCACUACUUCAUCAAGAGGAAGCAGGAGAAGAUGACAAAGGCGAUAUGCAGGGAGUACAAGCUGAACGUUGAGAAGCCCCCUGAGACCCCGAAGGGGUACAUAUGGAGCGUCGCCACCGGCGAGUGGGUUGCGCCACACCGUCUCAAGCUCGACACCUUCUUCCCGUUUGCCCUCGGGCCCAUGGUGGCGUUUGCGGUCUCGGCUCGCAUCUCCUUCCGGGAACAUUACAAUGGGUUGUUGCUGCCACCGUCGAUCUGGGCGGCUUACAACAAUUGGAAGCUCGCCAUCGCCCCUCAGAAGGAGCACCUCUACGAGAAGACACCCAAGGCCUACCAGUUCAGGGUCCUGGACAAGGGGCCAGAGAUCCUCAAGCCGGUGUACCCAGACUCGCAGCUGAAAGUAGAGGACCUCGACCGGAAGCCGCUCCAGCUGAGGAGCACGAGGAGCGCCACCACGCCGAACCCCCACUCCCUCUACUUCCAGAGCUGCUGCGCCGUGUGGAAGCUGACGCACCUGGAGCAGCCGGACCGGAGCCCCGAGGAGUUCUGGGAGCGGUUCCAGUACAAGAUGGACGGCCUGUGGGGCACCCUGGGGGACCGGAAACGGGUCCUGGACAUAUUCAAGCCCCCGGAGCUGCUGACGGCGCAGGAGAACGAUGAGAGAGCGGCGGAGGCGGCAGCGGUGAUUGCGUCUCCGCCGGAGGAGCCACCCCUCGAGGAUGAGCCAUCCUUCGAGGAUGUUCUAGACAAAGCUUCUGCUCAUACGGACAUCACUAGCAAGAAAGCCAUAUUUUAAUGAUAUUGACCACCAAGGUAAUGCUGUCGCCGGCCUUUCCUCCGUAUACCGGAUGACUCUUGUGCCAGGCAUAGUUGUCAUCUAUUGAAACCCUGUAAAAGAUUUUAGCAUCACAUGCGAUUAGUUUCCGGCCCUUCAAUUACUUGUUAGCUUCUCCCUUAGACUCAUUUUAUGAACCAGUGAUUGGG